GGAGUCACCGAUCCCAAUGAUCACUUGGCUGCGUACCAAACUCACAUGUUGAUGCACGCCGUGGAGGACGAGAUCCAAUGUCGCCUCUUCGUAGGAACCUUGGAAGGGCCGGCCGUAAAAUGGUUCCUCACUCUUCCUAAUGGGACCAUUGAUUGCUUCAAAGAUCUUGCUCAACUUUUCCUCAACGCCUAUGGAGGAAGGUUCCAGCCAAAAAAGCACUUCACCCAUCUUUUCUCCCUAAAGCAAAAGGAGGGAGAGACCAACAGUGAAUUGGUACAAAGAUGGAAUGAAGCAAUCAAUGAGGUGGAGCCUAUGGACGAUAAGACUUCCAUUGCUCUGUUCAUGAAUGUUCUCAGGUCGGGGGAAUUAUUCAGGAAGUUAGAUUAUGAUACCCCUACUUCUUACAAGGCUAUGAUGGCUAGAGUUAACAAGUUCUGCGCCACGGAAGAGUCGGAUCGCCUGAAAGGAAAGAGCGAGGGAGCCUGGCAUAAAGGCCCGGACAAAGAAAAGAAAGGAGAAAAGACCAAGGCGGCCACUUUCUCCAUCCCUACCCUCAAGUCACUGGCCGCACCAGUGGCAGAAAUUAAGAGCAAGGAGGAAGGUGGGCAGAAGAGGAAACGUGGAGAUCAAAAGAGAAGGCAGUGGCCCUAUGACCCAGAAAAAUAUUGCAACUUCCAUAGAAGGCUUGGACACGCCACUGAAGAAUGCCAUUUCCUCAAAAAGAUGGAAGGAGAGAUGAAGAACAAAGAACCAAGUGCCAAUCAGGAGCCGAACCAAGGAGGUAACGUUUGGCGUAGGGACGCCCAACCUCAACAGCAAGUCCAGGAGAACCCGGAAGAACUUCCCCAAGUAGGAGUCAUCUUUGGCGGUCCAGAAACAGGAGUCACAAGCAAGGAAAGGAAGGAAUGGGCUCGCAAGCUGUAUGUGGGGUCCAUUGACAUAGGCCAAGCGGCCAAGAAAGGAAGGAGGGAGCCCAUUGUCUUCUCGGACGAAGAUUUACCACUCAUUCUUAGUCCGCAUCGGACCCCCCUGGUAAUUUCUAUGGCUAUUCACAAAUUUUUUGUUAAAAGAAUUUUGGUGGACACUGGAAGCAGUGUCAAUGUGCUGUACUGGGAAGCCGCCCAGCAAAUGGGAAUCAGGAAGGAAGAUCUCACAAAGCUUAACAUGCCCUUGUCCGGCUUCACUGGAGAUAUAAUUGAACUGGAAGGGUCCAUUAAAUUGGACAUCAUCAUAGGCGAACAUCCUAAGGUGAGACAUAUGAGGAUGGAUUUUGUAGUGGUCGACAUCAAAUGCGCUCAUAAUGCCAUCUUAGGGAGGCCUGGGCUAGAGGACUUGGGAGGUGCACUAUCCCUUGAACACCUGUGCCUCAAGUUUAGGACUCCCGAAGGUGUUGGGAGGGUGCUUGGUGAUCAGCCCGCGGCCAAGAAGGCCUAUCUAAGCGCCUGUAAGAAGAUAGACAAGGAGAACCUCAACAUCCAAACCAUCGGGCAUGUUUUGG